GGGUCAGUCGCAUUGCGCUUGCGCACGCUUUCUAGCGGAAGUGUGAGGUCCAGACGCGAACAAUGGCGGGGCUCGGGGAAGCCGAUGAAGCCGAGUUGCAACGCUUGGUGGCGGCCGAGCAGCAGAAGGCGCAGUUCACUGCACAGGUGCAUCACUUCAUGGAGCUAUGUUGGGAUAAAUGUGUGGAGAAACCAGGGAAUCGGCCAGACUCCCGCACAGAAAAUUGUCUCUCUAGUUGUGUGGACCGCUUCAUUGACACUACUCUUGCUAUCACCAGUCGGUUUGCACAGAUUGUACAGAAAGGAGGACAAUAGGCCAUUCCGUGGGAGAAUGAGGGAAGCAGCAAAGAACAUAUUAUUAUGAACGACCAGUGGGGCAUGAUUUCAGCUCUCAAUUUGUUGCCAAACCUAUUGGUGCUCAAAACAGCAAAUAUUAAGAAAGUGAAAUGUAUUUAUUUGGAAUUUGUGAAUUCCAGGUUGUAUCACAUCAUUUUGUCAAUAAAUGUGAAUUCUCUUGC